UUUACUUUGAGAUAUGGGCAAUAUUAAACGUUUAGAAUAAUGGACGCCAUUAUAAGAAUAUCAUGUAUUUUUCUAUCAUUUUACAUGAGUAAUGGGCAGCUUUUACAUCCGACAAUAGUGUUUCCACCAUCAGAACUACUGAAUGAUACAGCAACACACAAUACAGAUUCGGCUAAAUUAGCAUUACGUUAUGGUUUCCAUCGCACUUCGGAAUGUGAGAGUUAUGAAAAAGCAUUUUUAUGCAUCCAGAAAUGUGUCGAUAGGGGCUACGAUAUAGCAUACUCGGAUAAAUAUUGUUUUUGCACAUGCUACGUUAACAAGCAAAAGGCAAAAUAUACUCCAGAACAUUAUUUGGACAGAACCAGAUGGAAACUUGGUACCCCAAAAACAAAAAAACCCGCAUGGAUACAAAAAUUAGCAGAUGAUGCACAAAAAUCGAGUAUUGAAUCUAUUCAUGUGAUUAAGAAACCUGGCACUACACCAUACAAUGACACAGUUCUUUCCGAUGAACCUGACACUAUAAGCGCUCAAAAUAUAACCAUUAGUAACAAUACUACAAAUGCAAUGGAUCGUCAAAUAGUUAGCAACGAUACAAAUGUAUAUAGUCCUAUAGUUACUGAUACAACAAAUGUAUCGAUUCAGAAUGAAAGCAGCGCUGCAAGUACAACUGGUAGCCCAAUAAGCGGUGUUACUAAUGUAACUGAUAGUCAAAGUGACGUUAAUGCAACUGAUAGUCAAAAUAUAAACGACACUAAAAAUGUAACUGAUAAUCUAAAUGCAAACGGCGUUCCAAAUUCAACUGUAAGCGUUGUAACAAAUGUUACAAACGCUCAAACAAAUAAUACCGAAACUUAACUAUGCGGGAUGAUUCAUCACAUUGUGUCCUAUAGCAUAUAUAAACAAAAUAAUAUAUACAUUGUGAAAUCAUAA